GAGACAGUGGGAGCCGAAAUCAUUUUCCCUCUCAUACUGUGAGAACGCGUAGAAUCGCAUCUCUCCAAGUGGACGCGCGUUGGUUUGGUUUCAGAACCCGAUUGAUUCGGCCAGCGUCCGUUCGUCCGGUUCUCAGCAAGAUCACCGACUUGCAUUUGGUCUGUGGCAAUGGAACCAUAAAGAAAGAAAUUCCAUCGCAUUGAGAAAAAGAUUAGAAGUAAACAAAUACGACCAGAGAAGACACCUCACAAAAGAAGUGGGCAUGGAGAAGCGCAGAGGAGAUACGAUAUAACAGAUCGGACAAAACACAUCAAGGAUUUACUUCUCAAAUUGAACAUUUUUGGUUUCCAGGAGGUUAUAAAAUUUUUAUUCUGCUAGAUUUCUUAGUUACACGCAAGCAUGAGCCGAAAGGAGAUGAGGUUGUGUUCGAGAUGCUGGAGCGUGCCGAUGCUCUCUGUCCUCCUGGUUGUCUUCUUGACACCGCUGUUUGCACAUGGUAACUCUGUGGUGGGAAAUGAAACUAAGGCUGAUAGUGCUGUUAAUGUGACCUCCUUGUCUACCACGGGUGAGGAGGAGAACAUAGAGGAGGUGUCACAGUUCACCAGCUUGUCCAGCACCUCAGACCUGACUCGCUCCGGACGAAAGCUCAUAGAUGAAGAAGUAGGUAGUGGCAUGCAGGAUGGAGUCUUCUCGCCAACUCCAGGAACUCCAACUUCCAGUGAGGGUGCCACAUCCACUGUGGCAAGCCCUGAAAUCAGCCCCGACUCUGCUGAGACCGACCACUUGAUUCCCCAUGGGGCUGUUAAUACUUCGGAGGAAGAGGAACAGGAAGUGAGAGAGGAUGUGAGGCAGCUAGUGCCUACACAACCACCCUGGCAAGAUCCUAAAGUAGACACUGUGGUUGACCUUGACCAGGAGACAUCUCCCACGACCCCAUCCCAAACUCAUCCACCUUCCCCCUCUGACGUCACCGUAGAUUUCUUCGACUCCGGCUCCCGCCGCAAGAACCUAGACCCACCGUCUCUGUCACCGCACGAGCUUCAGGGUCGUGACCCCACCUCCUGGGCCAUGCCCAACAACUAUGACUACAUGACGCCCUACGAUGAGAGUGUGUCUCCUACUAAUGACGAUUACCCCUACAGCAGCACUACUGAGUCUUUCGAAGAAGAAGUCUCCACUACCCCUCCUCCCAAACGCUUCCCUCCUCGAUUGCCCUCCAACCCUGGUUUCACGUUUCCCAAAGGAGCCACUGUGAACGAAGACCCCCGUGCCCCCCCUGGUGUGAUCGACUCAGUGAAUGGCUCAGACUGUCGGCAGGGCUUUGUCCGCACCAAUGGCACCUGCAAGUCCCCAUGUGAUCUGCAGCCCAACUACUGCUUCAACGGGGGCCAGUGCUACGUCCUGGAAGGAACUCAAUUGCUCUGCAGGUGCAACAUCCAGGACUACAUGUGGCACAAGGGUGCCCGCUGCGAGUCUGUCAUCACGGAGUUCCAGGUAAUGUGCAUCGCCAUCGGGGCCUCUGCUUUCAUGGUGCUCCUGCUCUUCAUGAUCGUCGUUUGCUUUGCCAAGAAGCUGCACGUGCUCAAGACUGAGAAUAACAAGUUGCGCAAGCGCAGCAGUAAGUACCGUCCUUCCUCGGAGCACCACAAUGAUAAUUUCUCGUUGUCCACCAUCGCUGAGGGCUCCCAUCCAAAUGUAAGGAAACUUUGCGACACCCCUCCUAACCUCCCUCAUGCCCGUGCUUUGGCUUACUAUGAUAACAUUAUCUGUCAGAAAACCAUGAGCAGAUACACCUGGGAGUGUAAGACCAAAGAGGAGCCCGACUGUGAGGAUGAUCCUAAUGCCCAGAAUAAGCUGGAGGACCCCGUGAAGGCCCCCCCACCCAAAGAGGACGAGUCGCUGAACAUCCAGAACUCGCUCACCCCUAAGCACGAGAACAAUAAAGUGCUGGGCGAGGAGAACUCUUCGGAGGUAAACUCGCUGCAGAACAACAUGAUGUAGAACAGAAAAAAAGCACUCCACGCAACCACGUCCACGAUCACUUAUAGCAUUGAGCAGCAGAUGGUACGAGCAGCCACACCCACCACACCAUCACCACAUGACAGAACACUUUGAAAACCCCGCCCCUCGUACCCACUCAGUCUCCGCCUCCUGCCCCUCCCCUUGUUGCAGUCUUAUUGCCCCUGUAGUCGACCCGCCCUUGACUCAGCCCUUAUAUAUACACACACCUACCCCUGCCUAACUGAAUUAUGGCAUGCGUUGGUGUAUAUUGUAAAAAAGAAGAAAAAAGUAAAACAUAUUCGGGGUUUAAAAUAUAAAACGUUGUCAUAAAAGAAAAAGCUACUGAGAGGUUUUGAUGUUUGUCUGACUAAUUCAGUGAGUAUGUAUAAAUAUAUGGAAAAAAUGCUUGGAUUGAUAUAAAGAAAAAAACACAAUGUGUCUUUGUUUUGAUGUGAUUUCUAAUCCUUUGAUGUACUUGUUUUAUUUUGUACUUUUUUGGGAAUAUAAACUACGAAGAGAAAAAAAUCUGACAGUUGUUGAAAUAAAUCUUUUUAACACUAAA